AUGAGCAAUGCAUCGCUGCCACCCAACGCCCCCAUGAUGAACGGUUCCCUUACCUCUAACCAUGGAGAAGCCGAUGCCUCGUCGAGCCUCGAAAACGUCUGCGCCCGACUCUGCUCCCAAGUCGACUCGUUUCUCGCUGCGCCUACCUCUGACGAUGUCACAAAACGGACACAAGAGCAGACAAGGAUUGCACUGGGCGUGAUAGAAAAGGCGCUGCAAGACUACGAUAGAUUUGAAGCGUUAUCGCUUUCCUACAAUGGAGGAAAAGAUUGUUUGGUGCUUUUAAUAUUAUAUCUCGCCGUCCUGCACAGGCACUUUACGCGUCUGAAGAACAAAAGUCCACAAUCAUUCAAUUUUCCUACGUCAAUCCCCUCUAUAUACGCCAAACCACCUGAUCCAUUCCCCGCCGUAUCCGAGUUUGUCGAGUACUCCUCACGCUUGUAUCACCUCGAUCUAGCGCACAUAUCGACAAAUCCUGGUCCGUCCAAAAAAGAGCGGUCGCACUCGAAUCCGACUAUUACGAAACCUUUCCCACGUGUUGAACCGGAGAGCGGCACGGAGAAAACACCAGAACCUAUAGUGUCGUUCCGGGACGCCUUUGCCCUGUAUCUAUCCUCUCAUCCUUCUGUAAAAGCGAUUUUCGUGGGCACACGUCGAACAGACCCUCAUGGGGCUCACCUCACUCAUUUCGAUCCCACCGACCACAACUGGCCGGCCUUUAUGCGAAUUCAUCCGGUGAUAGACUGGCAUUUAUCGGAAAUAUGGUGUUUCUUGCGCUCGCCUCAUCUAAAAGACCUAGAAUCGGGCGGGCCACUCAGAUAUUGUUCGAUGUAUGACGAGGGCUACACAAGCCUCGGUGGCAUCAAUGACACCGUAAAGAACCCAAAGCUGAAGAGGCGCGAUGGGGAUGGUAACGAAUAUUAUCGGCCAGCAUUUGAGAUGACACAAGACGACGGAGAGAGGCUGGGAAGGGAAUGA